AAGAAAAGAAAAGAAAAAGAAAAAGAAAAAGAAAAAGAAAAAGAAAAAGAAAAAGAAAAAGAAAAAGAAAAAGAAAAAGAAAAAGAAAAAGAAAAAGAAAAAGAAAAAGAAAAAGAAAGAAUCAUUCUGAUUUACAGUAAAUACCAGCACUUCAAGUGCGACUCCCAGCUACAUGAGUUGUUUCCACUGUGCACUAAAUCUUCAGUAUCGGAGCCCGAAAAUGGACCCAGAGGUGCACCCCAUGCCGGGCAGCUGGCGAGGGCGGGAGCACCCUGCAUGCCUCUGGGGCAGGAGGCAGCUCUGGGGCACGCUGCAGCAGGGCUGCCAGCUCCGGCCGAGACAUCAGGCUCCCUCGCAGUGCAGGGGUCUGCUGGCUCAGGGAGGAGGAGGACGUGGGCGUUGGGGCCAUCCUUAUGCUGCCCAGCUCACCCACCUUCCCGGGAGGCUCCACGCAGAGGCAGGCCAUGCCCUGGUUCAGGGGGUGGAGGGCAGCAAGGUGGCCCUCUGGCAGACCUCCUGCUGCGAGCCCCCAGCCCAGCUGCCAGAGCCCAGACCACGUGCAACUGCACUGAAGGAGAAGCAGGCAGCCACGUGCGCUCAGCUGGAGGCCAGCUGAAGCAAGUCACCCAGCACCGGAAGCACACUUGUCCCUCGGGCUGGGGAGGGAGCGGCAGCCGCUGCUGCACUGCUCCAAAAGGUGCCCCCAUGUGCCCAGCCCUCGGCUUUCCAAAGCUGGCUCCUCUUGCCGUGGGCAGCUCUUCAGCUCCCCUGUCUCGCUCCUCCUGGAGCAGCACCUCGCCAGGCACUGCCAAAGCCCUCUCAGCAGCACAGCCCGGCACCGGGAGCCAAGCCGAGCCUGCAAGGGAGCUCUCUGGCCCCGGGCUGCACUGGGUGGAGAGGCUGGCUGUGGUGGUGGCAGUGCAGCAGCGUGGGGGCCGUGGGUGGUGGAAAGCCGCCCUGCACAGCUCUGCACUGAGCUCUCACACUGCUGGAGAUAGCACAUGCACCAGGCGGCUUUGCACGAGGAUCCACUGGGCUUUGCACGAGGAGCUCUUUUGCCCUGCUCUGUCCAUCUCACACUCCUGCCGUCUGCCUUGCUGCCUCGCUGCCCGCUGCGUACCCCAGGCUCCUUGUUUUGCGGCCAGCACAGUCGGACCUCCUUGUCUCAGCUGUGCCCAGGGCUGCGGGAGGCUCCUCCCCUCUCCCCCCAAGCCUUUGCCCUCCUGCUGGGCAUCCAGUGGCUCUGUCCAAGAGCAGAAGUUCCUCUUGGUCAAUGCCUGCGGUGCCAGCCGGGCUGGCUGGGCAAGGCGAGAGUUUCUGUGGGCAAAGGAGAGGCACAAGCAGAGGCACUUCUGUCCUGCUGCACCCAUCUCCACCUAUGCCAACAGCUGCAAGGCACUGGCUUGGAGGGAGGCGCAGGUACACAUGGCCUUGCGGAGCCCUCGGAUGCUGCCAGCGGUGAAGCCAGGGCAAAGAAGGGAGGCGAGGGCCGUUCUUGAGCCGGCGGCUGCAGCAGGAGGGGAGGGUAUCUCUGGUGGUGGGGGCCAGAGCUCCACGGUGGGCCAGCGUUGUAGGGCUGAGGCACAUGGGGGCUCUCUGCUCCUUCGGCCCUUGGGCUGCCCGCGGGGCGAAAGCAGCUGCACUCUGCCUUCCCCCAUCAGUGGGACGCUGCCCAGUCACACUGCAGGAUGGACCUGCGUGGGAUGUGUGCUGGCCAGCCCAGGUGUGGCGCUUUGGGGAGGCAGCCCAGCAGCUCGUGGCCUUCCCCACUUAGGAGCACUGUCUGGUUUGGCCCAAAGCACGCCGGCUGGCGAUGCGGAAAACCAGAAGAGGAAAGCGAAGGAGAGCAAAGGAAAAGAGAGGAAAGCCAAGGAGACAAAAGUGAAGGAGAGGCAAGACAGAGAGAGGCAAGGCGAGGAGAGAAGGCCCAACAAGAAAAGAUAA